AUGGACCCGCAGCUCGUGAGGCAAAGCGUGGAUGAAGUGCCGGAAAGCUUGCGAGGCCUCGUCCAGUUCGUGCAGGGAGAUCUAGCGACGGUGGAUCUACCUUCCGCGGAUAUUGUCUUCCUCUACUUGCCCCAGGAGGCCACGCUGAAAGUGCUGAAGGACGGGUUUCCGGCACUUCGAGGAGCCGCCAGGAUUCUGGUCGCAGAUCCACCAGGGGCUCUCCAGUCUAACCCAGCAAGGUAUGGUUUGCGUCUUCUGUCCUCCAGCGCCCAGCAGCUACCCCGACUAGACGUUUAUGAGCAGCUGCAG